AGCCAACGGUGAUGUUUGGUGUCCUCCUCUUGCUCGCCGCGGGCGUCACCGCCUUCGUUCCCUCCGCGCCGAGGCCCUUGCUGACAAAGCCCGCCGCCGUGCGCGCGGCUUCCAUGGAAGCCGAGGCCCGCCUUCCGGCAGCGGCAGCGUCCGAGAUUCAGAGUCUCUCGAAGAAACAGCUUGUGCAGCUGGCAAAGAAGGCCGGCCUCAAGGUCACAGGAAACAAACGCGAGAUCACUCUCCGCAUCACUAAACACCUCUCCUCUCCAAACGCCGACGCAGCCGACGCAGCCGAUCGCUGGGUGGCUGAGGUCUUCGACGAGGCAGAGGCGCUCUCCUUCCAGGUCGACGUGGCAGAGGCGGCAAAGGAGGUGGAGAGCCUCCUGGACGAGGCCGCCGCGGCGAGGGCCGAGCACGACGACUGGCUGGCCGACGUUGCCGCGCACAAGCAGGAGGCGGCGGCUCGCGCCGAGGCGAUGGAGGGCGGGGCGGCCCUCGCGGCAGAGGACGAGGAGGAGGACGAGGCGGCCUUCUUCCUCGCGGCGGAGGACGCCGACGCCGAGGCGUACGACGAGGCGGAGGACGCGACGCGGCUCGCCUUCUUCGAGGUGAGCGAGGAGACGGAAGUCAUCUUGCCCGGCUUCCUGCCCGCGCCGCUCAAGGGGUACGUCCCUCAGGGCGCGGCGGCGGCGGCGGCGGCGGCGGACGCGGUCGCCGCCAAGGCUGCGUCGCUCAAGGUGGAGGGUGCCGCCGCGAUCGCACGGCGGGGGCGGCGGGCGGCCGCGCUGCUCACGCCGCCCAAGCAGUCUGCCCCGGCCGGGUACGUGCCCCAAGGCUUCGCGGCGGCGGAGGCGGCGGCGGCGGCGCGGCCUUCGAUGCCGGAAGGGUUUGUACCGCAGUCGUCGGACGCGCCAUUCUUCGAGGUGACUGAGGAGACGGAGCUGGUGUUGCACGGCCACCUCUGGGCCUCCAAGGGGUACGUCCCCCAGGGAGCGGCGGCGGCGGCGGCGGCGCAGGUGAACGCGGCGGCGGCCACGGAGAGCGCGGCGCUGGCGGAGGAGGCGGCCGAUCGCGACGGCCCGCCGCUCGCCGCUGUGCUGGCGGUGGCUGCUGUCGUGGCCCUGCACUUCUUGUAGCCAGGAGGCGGGCAGGCGGCCAAAGAGGAAGGAUCGCCCGCCGCCCCGCAUGGUCGGCGUGGGCCAGGAGCAUGCCCAUGCGCCGCGCCCCCGCGAGCAGCCGCAUCUCUCGAGCACUGCCGCAUGCGCACGGGAGCCGUUCGGCGCAUUUUGUUCUGUCGGGGUUCCUGUGUGGAUUCCCCGUGUCUUCUUGCGUGCACGCAUCGGGGUCGCGGGUCGGCCCGCGGGCGCGGUCCAACGCUCCUCUAGCGCACAACGGAGUGUGUUUUGUGUCUCGACCCCGUCACCCGAGCGCCGACGACCCCGUCGCAUUAUCCUUCCAUCACGUUUUGGUCCAGCAUGUCCCUUGUCCGCGUAAUUCACGCAUGAAAAAGAAUGUUUAUAUCUU